GUUGAUAUAUUUCCAUUCAGGAUUCAUUCCCCAACUUGGAAAUUCUGUCCGUGGACAACGUGGAUAUUUGGUACGGUACAUCCCCAGUACCAACAGAGUCCUUCAGCAACCUAAAAUGUGUUGCAUUGAGUAAUUGGGCACAUUUCUCCCAGCAAGCUACGUCACUCUUCCUUCAGAAAUUACACAAUAUUGAAAGAAUUGAGGUGAAUUGGGCUCCUCCCGAAGAAAUAUUUGUCAGUGAAGGAAACAGUAGUUGUGAGGAAAUACAUGCAGUUGGGACCCUACCAAGCAUACGAAUUUUAAAGUUUUACGGUUGCAAAAUGUUGCAUCUAGGGAAGGAGAACUCCGGAUCAGGAGGCCCAAUUUUUCCAAACUUGGAAGUUCUAGAGGUGACGCAUCAUUCUCUCGGAUUAAAGAAUUUGGAGUCAUCAGCGAUCUCCUUCCGGAAUUUAACAACUUUGAAAGUAGUUUAUUGUCCGGGUUUGGAACAUUUAAUAACUUAUUCAGUGGCUAAAAGCUUAAAGCAACUGACAACAAUGGAAGUGAAUUACUGUCCAAGAAUUGCAGUCAUAGUGGCAACAGACGGUGAUGAUGCAGCAGAAGAGAUUACUUUCAGCCGGUUGCAAGUUUUAACCCUUCAGAGACUGCCAAAUUUGCAAGGCUUUUGCUCCAGAAGUUGCAUUGUGAAUCUCCCAUCCUUGACUACUUUAUCCAUGAGCAACCGCCUUAAAUUGAAGAUUUUCCAAGAAAAGCUAAAGAUAACAAGCAAGCACUCUGACACGGAGGAGGAUGAGGAAAUAGGCGUGCCGAGUGCUGAAACAAAUAUUGCAAGCUAGUCACCAUUUCAAAUCUUAGCCAUGUACAUUUCACGGUGAGCCUGCAAGCUGCUGCCUCAAGGAGAGCAGUACAGAAGGCCCACCCUGUUUCAGUGGAAGGACGCUCUACACCCUGUUUCCCUGGGAUUUGUGGAAGCAUUGAUGCUUUCCGAAUGUUCUUUUACUUGACUGGUUUGAAAGUUCCAUCUUUCUAAUCGCAAAAGGAGGACUCUCUGAUGUUGUGGUGUUGAAGUUGGAGUCUUUACCUUGUCGAGCUACCAAAUCCAAGACGUUUUGAUCUUUUCCUUGGCUUAUAUGUUAUGGUUUUUACUGCUUUCCAUGUUGUAUUUAUCAAUGAAGUGUGGUUUAUGAUUGAGCGCGAACAACGAACAAUUUUUUUUUCUUCUAUUUUCUGUAGUAAGAGAACUUUAGAGUUCGUGUCAGAUUAGGUUGAACAUUAGCAGCUGCUGCAGUUCUUGGUUCUUACUUUUAUGUAUUCUCACAGUUGCACUUAUCAAUACAAACAAAUCAGGAGAGA